AUGGCCGAAUCUGACAUAGAAAGCGGUGCUGAGGAUUCUCCGGGACAGCAGCUUCACAACAUGUUGGAAACAAGCAUCGCGGACUGGUCGGAGCUUGGCUCAGAUGCCUCUGCCACCGAAGACGAUACUCUAAGCAGUGACGGCCCUGGGCAGCUCUGUAAUGUCAAAACGCUGUACGAGGGCGAAUCCAAAUGUGCUUGCUGCAUGAAUUGGGUAGAGGAGCUGCCAAAAGAUAUAGGUCCGUCGGCGGAAGAAGAGAAUGAAAGCAGACGCCACGCACUCCUAAUUCGCAUGCAAAGAAAUCACAACGACGGAAAACCAAUGGUGCUCCAUUCUAUUGUCAUCCAGAGUUCUUACCUGAAGUCGAUGCUGGGUGGCUUAUUCGAGGAGUACUCGGGAAUAACUACGACGCUCAAGAAGUUGGUGUUUAGAGCCCCGUUCCACUAUUUCUUUUACGAAUGGAACCGUCUCGAGAAGAUCGUCAGCGAGAUACAAGACCCCGUCAGCAAGAGUCAUGCGCGCCUACUGCGGAAGGUUCUUAGGUCGGAAUUAAGAGAGACUAUUUCGCAAAGCAACGAUUUGAAUCAGAACGGAGUCAUCACUUUCGACUAUCUGUGGACGAUUUUCAAACCUGGCAUUGAUGUCUACGCUUUUGAAGAUGGGUAUGAUCGUAUUUACAAGCUUCAAAGAGCUCAAUACAUCACAGGUUCCGGCGGUCAAUUAUUCCAGGUGACUGUCAAUGAGAUUGAUUAUGAUGGGGAUACUUCUGGUUAUAUGUCGAAGAGCCUCCUCAUUUUUAACUUUCCAGGCACGAUGAAAGUCAGCGACCUUGAUGUUUUCCCUGCUUCUUCCCAUCCGAGAUUGGGCGAGGUAAAGGAAACUCUCAGAAAGCGAGGCGAGAAGUUUAGGGACAUUCACCUCAAGCCGUAUUACUACGGUGCGUACAAAGGUGUAGUUGUAGAUGGAAAGCAGAAGCGCAAUGUUGACGGAAGAAUUGUGGUCGACCCCUCCUCAUAUGCAACCUUUACCGACGGCUGGAUCGAUUUGAUACCCUUGGACUCUAGUCUCCUGAAACCAGGAAUGAUGGUAUCGGACCAAGCGCACAAGCCUAGCCCUCCUUAUCCCGCCCCCCCGGGAAGGCCAAAUGGACCAACAAUUCCUCCUCCGCAACAUCCGCCGCCUCUUCCUAUAAUUCAUAGGGCUGGACCGAGACGGGUCAUCAAACAUUCGCGAACGCAAGAAUUAACCGACGACCUGCUGCACUUAUGCACUGGUUAUGUACGAGGAUACUGCUUUAAGAUCAAGAAGUGGGUCAUAUUCCAUAUCGACAAUAUUCAAGAUAUCCAAUGGCGCGAUGACGCGUUUGACAGUCUCGUGUUGGCUGGUGGGUACAAGAACUUGAUCAUGACAUUUGUUGAGAGUCAUGUCGAGAAUAAAGAUAGAUUCGAUGACGUGAUCGAAGGGAAAGGGCAGGGCAUCAGUAUGCUUCUCGAGGGGCCUCCAGGCGUUGGCAAAACCCUCACGGCGGAAGCUGUGUCGGAAAAACUAAGACGCCCCCUCUACCAACUGGGUGCUGGUGAGCUCGGGGCCGAACCUGAUACGGUAGAAGAAAACCUCAAGAUGAUUCUCGAAACAGCUGCCAAGUGGGAUGCGGUUCUACUCCUCGACGAGUGCGACGUUAUCCUUGCGGAGCGCAGUAACGAUAGUCUUGGUCGAAACAGCAUCGUUGCUAUCUUCUUGCGUUUGCUCGAGUAUUAUCGCGGCAUGCUAUUUAUGACCACCAACAGAGUCGAAGCCAUGGACCCGGCAUUCCAAAGCAGAAUCCACCUGACUAUCCACUACCCCGUUCUCGAUGUACCGGCGCGCCGACAGAUUUGGGAGCGAUUUAUCCAGAAUUCUCAUCAGAAGUCGACGUUACUUCCGCAUGACUUCCUCGAGUUGCAGUCUAUCCCCAUCAAUGGGCGCGAGAUUAAGAAUGUUAUCAAGACUGCUCAACUACUAGCAAGCCAUGAAAGGGGUCCUUUGACUAUUGAGCACAUUCAUACCGCAUUAGGUGUGUCGCGGGUUGGCUACAAGCCUAGAGUCGAGACAAUUCAUUGCGUAUGA